CUCUAGAACCAAUCACAAAGAUGGCAGCGCACAGCCUCGCCUCUCUGCCCCUUCUCAACGUGGCCGCUCUAGUGGGCAGGACUGCAGGGCGGAAAUUACGUCAGCGGACCGGAAGUUCGGCCUGACGCUCAGCCACCCAGCCACCAAUGCUGCGGUGGCUGGUGGGCUGCGAGGCAGGAUUAUGCAGCUGGCCGGGCGGCUUGCGGGCGUCGCGGUGCUGCGGCUGCUGCUGGCUGCUCAGGUGGUCUCGGCGUUCGAGCCCAUCAGUGUGGGCAUCGCCAUCGGGGCCGCGUCGGCGCUCACCGGCUACCUGUCUUACACGGACUUUUACUGCCGUUUCGCGGAGUGCUGCCGCGCGGAGCAGCCGCUCAACGCCUCGGCCCUCAAGCUGGACUUGGAGGAGAAGCUGUUUGGGCAGCAUCUGGCCACAGAGGUGAUUCUCAAGGCACUGAUCGGCUUCAAGAACAACAAAAAUCCCAAGAAGGCACUGACCCUUUCUUUACAUGGCUGGGCUGGCACAGGCAAGAACUUUGUAAGCCAAAUUGUGGCUGAAAAUCUUUACUCAAAAGGCCUGAAGAGUAACUUUGUACACCUGUUUGUAUCGACUCUGCAUUUCCCUCAUGAGCAGAAGAUAAAACUGUACCAGGACCAGUUGCAGAAUUGGAUCCGGGGUAACGUGAGUGCAUGUGCAGGUUCUGUUUUCAUAUUUGACGAGAUGGAUAAAUUGCACCCUGGGCUCAUUGAUGCAAUCAAGCCGUUUCUGGACUACUACGAGCAGGUCGAUGGAGUGUCUUACCGGAAGGCCAUCUUCAUCUUUCUCAGCAACGCAGGUGGGGACCUCAUAACUAAGAUGGCCCUUGACUUUUGGAGGGCAGGGAAGAAGAGGGAAGACAUUCAGCUGAAAGACCUGGAACCUGUGCUGUCUGUUGGAGUCUUCAAUAACAAGCACAGUGGCCUGUGGCACAGCGGACUGAUAGACAGAAACCUCAUCGACUACUUUAUCCCCUUCCUGCCCCUGGAGUACAGGCAUGUGAAAAUGUGUGUGAGGGCAGAAAUGAAGGCCCGCGGUUCUGCCAUCGAUGAAGACAUUGUCACAAGAGUGGCAGAGGAAAUGACAUUUUUCCCAAAAGAUGAGAAAAUCUACUCAGACAAGGGCUGCAAGACUGUGCAGUCACGACUAGAUUUUCACUGAGCUUUUAUCCAAAUGUGAUAAGAGGCGACUGGGAGGCUCAGCAAACCAGGGGCCUUGCCUUUCAGAAGCACUGCUGAAUACCUCUUCAGGGGUUUGCACAUUUGCACCUGUGGACUUUCGGGAUCUAGAAGCUGUAAGAGUUAAUUUUGAAGAGACAGGGAUCUGUGGAGCGCCCUUGUCCUUUUGCAACAUGGCAGAAAUCCAACUGUUGAUUGCAGUUGAAGAUGAGCUUUUAAUAGCCCCUCCAGACUUACUGUUCCACCCUUGACAGAAGUGCCUUGGAAACAGCUGUUACAGUUUCUACUUGGGAUAGUCUCACUUUACUCCAUACAACAGUUUGAAAUCCGUGGGAUACGCUCGUUCUCUAUGGCAACACGUGCAGACGGAGCAUUCAGCUUCAGCUUGCAGACUGGGCAUUGCCGAAGAGGUGGGAGUAUUGUACGUUAGAGAUGCCAGAGUUUUGAAGGAUUUAUUUUUUUACUUCUAGGUCUUAUAUAAUGGGAGUAUAGGACAUUGCUUAUUUUAAAAUAUGGGAAGGAUAUAAUAGGGAAUAAUUGUUUAUUCCUUUCUCAGAUACUCUUAAAUGGUAUGAAUUUUUAUUGUUAAAUAUAUGGUAAUAUAUGGAAUCUUGUAGGUCAAAUCAGGUCAUUGUGAAGCUGUGGCUCGACCUGGGUGUCAUCUGAUAAGGACACCCUCUAUGGCAGCACCUUCCAUGGCUGGGCUGCUCUGAUCACUGGGAAAGAAGAUGUAGAUUGCAGCCAGCAUGAGUUCUGUGUCUGUCCUGUAGCUGCAGUAUGACUGCAGACAGUAUUAAGAACAGUGUGCAGCCCUUCUUACAUGGAAGAUGUGAUAGAGUAUUUUUACAGUAUGGGAAUGCCUUACAUGCUAUCAUAACUUAGUCUUAAAGAAAUGCUAAGGUAAGACUUAAAUCUUUUGGUUCGUAUGCUCAAAUUGGAGUUAGGUUACAUUUCUUUUAUAACCUUUUGGGUGUCUGAUCGGGAGGAGACAAGGUUUUCUGUUUACAAUGAUGCAAUAAACUCAACAUGUUGGUCA